AGCGGCGGGAGCCCGAGGCGGCGGCGCCCGCGGCCUAUCGCGGGGCCCGAGCUGUGCGCCGCGCCCCGGAGCUCGGACCCGGCGGGAGCGCCGACGUGCCUCUGCUUGCCUUUGAGGAGGCGGGAGUGAGGAAAAAGGCUUAGGGCCCAGGGGGCGGGGAAGGGGGGCCGGGCCUGGAUCCGCGGGGAGGCCGAGCCAGAGGCCCGACCGUGGCUCGCGCGGUCCCGGGGACACGAAUCGAACGUUGGCGGCGCGGAUCGAACGUCGGCGGCGGGUGGAACGCGGGGGCUCGGAGGCGCGCGUGCGGGGGCUAUGGCGUCCGUGCAGGCUUCCCGCCGCCAGUGGUGCUACCUGUGCGACCUGCCCAAGAUGCCGUGGGCCAUGGUGUGGGACUUCAGUGAGGCCGUGUGCCGCGGCUGCGUGAACUUCGAGGGCGCGGAUCGCAUCGAGCUGCUCAUCGAUGCCGCCCGGCAGCUCAAGCGAAGCCACGUGCUCCCCGAGGGCCGCUCGCCGGGGCCCCCGGCCCUCAAGCACCCGACCACUAAGGACCUGGCAGCCGCCGCUGCACAGGGGCCUCAGUUGCCGCCUCCACAGCCCCAGCCCCAGCCGUCGGGGACAGGCGGCGCUGUCUCAGGCCAGGACCGCUAUGACAGGGCCACAUCGUCGGGCCGCCUCCCCUUGCCCUCGCCCGCCCUGGAGUACACCCUGGGGUCCCGCCUGGCCAAUGGACUGGGCCGCGAGGAAGCUGUGGCGGAGGGGGCGCGAAGGGCCCUGCUUGGCUCCAUGCCCGGCUUGGUGCCCCCCGGGCUGCUGGCAGCUGCGGUGUCUGGCCUGGGAAGCCGAGGUCUGACGCUGGCACCCGGCUUGAGUCCUGCCCGUCCAGCCUUCGGCUCCGAUUUCGAGAAGGAGAAGCAGCAGAGGAAUGCGGACUGUCUGGCAGAACUGAACGAGGCCAUGAGGGGCCGGGCAGAGGAAUGGCAUGGGCGCCCCAAAGCCGUGCGGGAACAGCUGCUGGCGCUGUCUGCCUGCGCCCCUUUCAAUGUCCGCUUCAAGAAGGAUCACGGGCUGGUGGGACGGGUGUUCGCCUUUGAUGCUACUGCCCGCCCGCCAGGCUACGAGUUCGAGCUGAAGCUCUUCACCGAAUACCCCUGUGGUUCUGGCAACGUGUAUGCUGGAGUCCUGGCCGUGGCUCGCCAGAUGUUUCAUGAUGCUCUGCGGGAGCCGGGCAAGGCACUGGCCUCAUCAGGCUUCAAGUACCUCGAGUAUGAACGCCGACACGGCUCAGGGGAGUGGCGCCAGCUGGGGGAGCUGCUAACCGACGGUGUCCGCACCUUCCGCGAGCCAGCUCCCGCCGAGGCCCUGCCCCAGCAGUAUCCAGAGCCAGCCCCUGCAGCUCUUUGUGGCCCACCCCCACGAGCCCCAUCCCGGAAUCUGGCCCCCACGCCGCGCCGUCGCAAGGCGUCCCCUGAGCCCGAGGGCGAGGCAUCUGGGAAGAUGACCACCGAGGAGCAGCAGCAGCGGCACUGGGUGGCACCCGGUGGCCCGUUCUCCGCUGAUACCCCUGCUGUGCCCUCGCCAAUCGCCGCCCUGAAGAACGUGGCCGAGGCCCUUGGCCACUCCCCCAAGGACCCUGCAGGGGGUGGGGGCCCUGUGCGCGCAGGGGGCGCCAGCCCCGCAGCCUCCUCUGCGGCCCAGCCUCCAGCCCAGCAUCGUCUGGUGGCCCGAAACGGUGAGGCAGAAGUUAGCCCCACAGCAGGGGCGGAAGCUGUUAGCGGGGGUGGCAGCGGCACUGGGGCGACCCCUGGGGCUCCCCUGUGCUGUACCCUGUGCCGGGAGCGGCUGGAAGACACCCACUUCGUCCAGUGCCCCUCAGUGCCCGGACACAAGUUUUGCUUUCCCUGCUCACGGGAGUUCAUCAAGGCGCAGGGUCCUGCUGGGGAGGUGUACUGCCCCAGUGGAGACAAGUGCCCGCUAGUGGGCUCCUCUGUCCCCUGGGCCUUCAUGCAAGGAGAGAUCGCCACCAUCCUUGCUGGAGACAUCAAGGUUAAGAAAGAACGGGACCCCUAGGCCACCACUGCCACGAGUCUACUGCCCAUCCGCCCCCCCCCUUGCCACCCACCGCCGCUGCGGAUAAAUUAUUCCCACCCAGCCCAGUGCCUCCCCCGCCUGUGUACAUACCCCCUUCCUUAUCCCAGAUGGGUCCCCUCCUUAUCCCAGAUGGGUCCCCUCCUUAUCCCAGAUGGGUCCCCUGGGGUAGAUGCAUUGAGGGUGGGGGGAGAAAACUUGUGGCUUCUGUCCGAGGGGGUGCUUGGGGUCCCUUGACCCCUCCGGUUUCCCUCUCCCCUCCUUGGCUUGGCUUUGCUGCUGCUUGUAGUUGGAGGAGAGGUGUCCCCGCCCCUCCUUGAGAAGGGGCCUCCUGAAAUCUCGCUCUUUAUAAACGAAGCAAAAGCAUUUUAUUGCCCCUCUCCCCUAUCCCCUCUCCCUCCUUCAAUAAACCGAAAGAUGGGUUUUUUC